AAUAUGGAAAUAAAAUUGCCCGGCGAGUAUCUUGACUAGAGAGAGGCUCUCGCAAACACAGCCAGUCUCUGACUCGCAGGUUGUGUUACCUUACCCCGGCGUGGUCGCAGCCGAGAGAGAGAGAGAGGAAAUCCCCCGGCUGUGUGUUUCAUGGUGCCUGUGCUGAGGCAGGGACAGUGAGAAGGCUCUCAAACCCCCUCUCUCCGGAUAUUACUGCAAAGUGGAACUCGAGCACAUAGCUUCGAGGAUGGAAGAUGAGGCGGUGUUGGAUAGAGGAGCCUCCUUCAUUAAACAUGUCUGCGAUGCGGAGGAAGUAGAGGGCCAUCACACGGUUUAUAUUGGGGUUCACGUGCCGAAGAGCUAUCGGAGAAGGAGGCGACAUCGGCGACGGGGUGUUGGCCAGAAGGAGAGGAACAAAGAGCGAGAAAAAACAGCCGAGGCUUUGGACCGUUCUGAUACAGAAACUAAUGAAGACCAGACAGGCGGGAGCCUGUUCAAACCCCACAUUUCACCUGCAGCGGAGAGAAUCCGUUUCAUCCUCGGGGAGGAUGACGAGAGCCCUGCGCCCCAGCUCUUCACAGAGAUGGAUGAACUUUUGGCUGUUGAUGGGCAGGAGAUGGAAUGGAAGGAGACGGCCAGGUGGAUCAAGUUUGAGGAGAAGGUUGAAGAAGGGGGCGAGAGAUGGAGCAAGCCGCAUGUGGCCACACUCUCCCUACACAGCUUAUUUGAACUCCGCACUUGUAUAGAGAAGGGAACGGUCAUGUUGGAUAUGGAAGCUUCAACUCUCCCUCAGAUUGUGGAGACGAUCAUUGAUGAACAAGUUGCCAAAGGGCUGUUGAAAGCUGAGCUGAAGGAGAAGGUGACCUACACUCUGCUUCGGAAACACCGGCACCAGACCAAAAAAUCCAACCUCCGUUCCCUGGCUGAAAUCGGGAAGACGGUAUCCAGUGCAAGUAGGCUGUUUUCCACAUCAGAUAAUGGUAGCCCAGCGUUAAUGCAUCGCAACCUGACCGCAACCAGCAUGAAUGACAUCUCGGACAAACCAGACAAGGACCAGCUGAAGAACAAGUUCAUGAAGAAGUUGCCUCGGGACGCGGAGGCCUCCAAUGUGCUGGUGGGGGAAGUGGAUUUCCUGGAGACUCCCUUCAUUGCCUUUGUGCGCCUGCAGCAGGCUGUGAUGCUGGGGGCUCUGACAGAGGUCCCUGUGCCAACCAGAUUCCUGUUUGUUCUGCUGGGACCGAAAGGCAAGGCUAAAUCCUACCACGAGAUCGGAAGGGCGAUUGCUACGCUCAUGUCAGAUGAGCUAUUUCAUGACAUUGCUUACAAAGCCAAGGAUAAUGAAGAUCUUCUGGCUGGUAUCGACGAGUUCCUGGAUGAAGUAAUUGUCCUGCCGCCAGGCGAGUGGGAUCCUGAGAUCAGGAUUGAGCCUCCAAAGUCGCUGCCUUCUUCUGAUAAAAGGAAGAACAUGAUUUCAGGAGGAGAGAGCAUCCAGAUGAAUGGAGACAUGCCCCAUGACAGUGGUGGUGGGGGUGGGAGCCAUGAGGUGCCGGAUGAACUGAAGAAAACCGGAAGAUUCUUCGGUGGUUUUGUGGCAGACAUCAAGAGGAAAGUCCCAUGGUAUGCCAGCGAUUUUUAUGACGCACUGAGCAUCCAGUCUUUGUCUGCCAUCAUGUUCAUCUACCUGGGGACCGUAACCAACGCCAUCACCUUCGGAGGACUCCUUGGAGACGCAACGGACAACAUGCAGGGCGUGCUGGAGAGUUUCCUGGGCACAGCCAUCAGUGGAGCCACCUUCUGUCUGUUUUCUGGACAACCUCUCACCAUUCUGAGCAGCACGGGGCCAGUGCUAGUCUUUGAACGUCUCCUCUUCAGCUUCAGCAAAGACAACGCUUUUGACUACCUGGAGUUCCGCCUUUGGAUCGGGUUGUGGUCGUCCUUCCUGACUCUCAUCCUCGUUGCCACUGACGCCAGUUUCCUGGUCCAGUAUUUCACCCGUUUCACUGAAGAAGGCUUCUCAUCAUUGAUCAGCUUCAUCUUCAUUUAUGAUGCCUUCAAGAAGAUGAUUAAACUGUCCCACUACUACCCCAUCAACGCAGACUUCAAGGUGGACUACAUCACUCUGUUCAGCUGUACGUGCCUGCCGCCUGACCAAGGUGUGAAUUCAAGCCUUCUUUGGAAUAGCUCUGACUCGCUGAUUUCAGCCAUUCCCAGGAUACACAAUGACACCAUUCACAGAAACACAAGCAUUGACUGGUCGUUACUGUCCAAGAAAGAAUGCCUGAAAUAUGGAGGCCACAUGGUUGGUGCAAGCUGUCACUAUGUCCCAGAUGUCACCCUGAUGUCAUUCAUCCUUUUCCUCGGUACCUACAGCUGUUCAAUGACACUAAAGAACUUCAAAACCAGCCCCUAUUUCCCAACCAGGAUCCGGAAGCUGAUCAGUGACUUUGCCAUCAUCCUGACCAUUCUGAUCUUCUGCGGCUUGGAUGUCCUGGUGGGAGUCGACACACCAAAGCUAAUCGUGCCAAGCGAGUUCAAGCCAACCAACCCAAAGAGAGGCUGGUUUGUGCCGCCAUUCGGAGGCAACCCGUGGUGGGUGUGUCUGGCCGCUGGCCUCCCAGCUCUCCUUAUCACCAUCCUGAUCUUUAUGGACCAACAAAUCACGGCCGUCAUCGUCAACAGGAAGGAGCACAAACUGAAGAAAGGGGCUGGCUAUCACCUCGACCUCUUUUGGGUGGCAGUCCUGAUGGCUAUCUGCUCCUUCAUGGGGUUGCCGUGGUACGUAGCAGCCACUGUCAUCUCUAUUGCCCACAUUGACAGCUUGAAGAUGGAGACUGAAACCGCAGCACCUGGAGAACUGCCCAAGUUCUUGGGAGUCAGGGAGCAACGAGUAACGGGUGUUGUUGUCUUCAUUCUGACUGGAGUCUCUGUCUUCUUGGCUCCCAUUCUAAAGUUCAUCCCGAUGCCAGUACUCUAUGGAGUAUUUCUGUACAUGGGUGUUGCCUCCCUGAAUGGUGUGCAGUUCAUGGACCGGUUGAAGUUGCUGCUGAUGCCUCCAAAGCACCAACCAGACUUCAUCUACCUGCGUCACGUCCCCCUGCGCAGAGUGCACCUCUUCACCUUCAUUCAAGCAGUCUGCCUCACCUUGCUGUGGGUCCUGAAGUCAACUGUGGCAGCCAUCAUCUUUCCAGUCAUGAUCCUGGCGCUGGUAGCCGUAAGGAAAGCAAUGGACUACAUCUUCACCCAACAUAACCUUAGCUUCCUGGAUGAUGUCAUCCCAGAGAAGGAUAAGAAAAAGAAAGAGGAUGACAAGAAGAAAAAGAAGAAGAUGAGUGCAGACAGUGAUAACGAAGAUUCUGAUUACCCAUACUCAGAAAAAGUUCCUGCAAUUAAAAUUUCAAUGGACAUGAUGGAACAAGAACCCUUCCUAGGCAGUAAAAAAUCUACUGAGAGAGAAAAGCCACCGACAUUCCUUGAACGACACACUUCGUGCUGAUCCAAUCCCUUUCUUCCAGUCAAUCUCUAUACCAAGCCCUCCAACCACUCCAUUGAGAACUGUGCCUCAGAUAAGAAUCGAACUUGAGCCCGACUACGAACCAGGCUCCUUAUGGAGAACCAAGGGAACAGAAACAGCGCUCUGAGCCAGCGGCCCAGUGCAGUCCGCACACACUCUCAUCCGCCAACGCUGCGAGACAGACUCACCUUGCGUUUGGGAAUUGCAGUCUGGUCAGAAAGCUGGGGAAGGCACGAGGCACCUUUCUUUUGUUCUCCAUCUACGCAACCCACCCCACCCCACGAACUCUUUCAAGGAGCCCUCCACACCCUUCCAGGACUAACAUCCUUCUUGAAGAAUGUAAGAGGCAGGUGGGGAAUUGAGGAGAGGCCAGUUUGGUACGCUACAGCAGCAAGACGCUCCUCUCCUCUUUUAACUAUUCUGCCAUUGCAGACCAGUCUAGCUCAGUUAUUCCUUAUGACCUUAUUAAGAGCCAAAAUGAAGGACUAGCGGGGAAUUGCUGACUAUGCAAAGGUUAUUUUUCCAAUGACACUUUUGCCCUGCUUGCUGGAUAAACUAAUUACAGAUACAUCAUAGUCUCUUCACACCUGACGUCUUAUAUUGAACUCCUUUUAUCAUUUGAUCCAGUAAUUAUCAGGUGGGAUAUAUUAUUAUCUAGCGGCAGACACAGUCUGUAGUCAGACAUAGCUCUACCUCUCGUUUCUAGAGUGACAGAAAUUCUGUACAAAUGAUUAUUAUUGUAUUCCGCUGUGAUUAUUAAUCUCAAUCUGAAAGGUUAAAACUGGGGUCACUAGAUCAUUAACACUCCCGAACACAUCUUUGAAGCCCUUUUUAAAGCAUUGCGAGAGAUUAAAACUAUUACUUUAUUUGUGACCAAGCAGUAAUUUAAAUAAUUAUUUUUAAACGACACUUUUUUUGUACAGUGCUUAGCCUUAUUCUCCCACAUGUAAAAAUAGAAUAAUGAUUUUAAUUAACUCGGGGACCAAGAUGCAAGCCCUUUGCUUCAAUACCCCGUGUGCUCUGUGCUCAUGCAUACUUGCUGGUGGACGGCCCACUUGCUUCUGGGAUUGAGCAGAGGACAACCUCAGCACAGUGCUAAUUUAGCCUGCAGGACUGGGCGAGGCGCUGAUUUUAACCUGUCUUCUGUCACUCUCCGUUAAUCUCAGUAGCUUUGUGAUGGUCACGUUGGAUUAGAAUAUUGCCCCUUGGUACAGAGGAACUAUUUCAAUUCAUAAAUCUUGGCUUGAACACAGAAGGCAGAUAUCCCCUUUAUUGUUGGAUUGUGCUGCCCGCCUGUGCUGUUGGAAUGGCCACAGAGAAGGUUAUGCUGAGUUCCGAGGUGGUGUCCUCCCAAGUGUGGGUCGGGUACUGUUCUUCCGACCUUUCUGUUGGAUCCACAAAGCAGGUUCAGAAAUGAACUACAACUGUCUUCAGUGUAACGUCUACAUUAGGCAUAACCAAGCUGAUGUUCAGUCCAGGGAAGUGGCAACUGAAGACCAUUCAUCCACACAUACAAACAUAACAGGAGCAGAUGGCAGCCAUUUGACCUUUCAAGUUUGUUCUUCGUUUUAUCAAAAUCAUGGAUGAUUUCUGUACUGCUAUAUCCCUGUACCAUCUCCCUGAUUCCCUUAACAUCCAGAAAUCUACUGAUUUCUGUGUUAAAUGAACUGAGUGACUGAGCCUCCACAACACCUCAAGGUGAUGUAUUCCAAAGGCUCGUCACCCACUGAGUGAAGAACUUCCUUCUCAGUCGUAAAUGGCCGACCCCUUGUUCUGUGACUCCUUAUGUCCCAGACACCUCAGCCAGGAAUAGCAUUCUCCCUGUCCAGCCCUUAAGAAUUUUGUAAGUUUCAAUAAGAUCUCUGAUUCUUCUGGGCUCUUGAGAAUUCCACUCAGUCUCUCCUGAUAUGGUAAAGUCGUAGACUGGCAAUGAGUGGCAACCCUCGUGAAUUAUUUCUGUAUACCUCCUAUGGCAUUUAUUUCCUCCUUUACAUAAGGGAUUUAAAACUGUACACAAUGCUCUAGAUGCAGUCUCAUCAAGGCUCAAUGUACUUGGGUAAGAUAUCUUUAUUCCUCUCAUAUCCUAUCAUAAUAAAGACUAAUAUACUAUUUGCCACCCUAAUCACAUAUCAGAUCUCAGUGACUUGUGUACUUGAAUAUUCAGGUCACUUUCAAAUUCAAAACAAUUUAUUGUUUAAAAAAUGUUCUGCUUUUCUCUUUUAUACCAUUUUCCACACUACAUUUCAUCUGCCAUGUUCUUUCCCACUCAUUCACUUGUCCAUAUUCCCUGGGUGCCUCUUUACACCCUUCUCCUUAUUCAUAGUCCCACCUAAAUUUGUAGCAUUGGCAAAUGUGGAGAGUUGACAUUGGGUCCCCUCAGUCAAUUUAUUGAAAGAGAUUGUGAGUAACUGAGGUUCAAGCACUGGUCCCUAUGGUGCCAAACUAAGAAAGAUCUAUUUAUCCCCACUCUGCUUUAUAUCUGACAAAUAUUUCUCAACACAACAAUGCUUUCCCCUCAAUUCCUUGUAGAUGAAACUUGUUGACCACCCUCCUUCUCGGGACAUUCUAGAAGGCCUGCUAAUUCCAGUACACCUUAUCUACCAGUUAUCCUUAUCUAUGUAGUCACAUCCUCAAAAUGCAAACCUGGUCCAUGAUAAAAUUAAACUCUGCUUGAUCCCAUCUCAAAUUCCAUCUCCCUGCCUUGGUUCCUUAAUGCCCAUUCCCUCAUCCAGUCACCCUCAGUUUCAAAAAAAUCCAUUUGACCCUAGUCUUGGUUACUCUCUGGGCAGGAGGGCCCCAGACUGACCUUCGUAUGAGGAAGACAUUCCUGAUAUUACCCUUGAAUGGCCGCUGAGUUUAAGGUUCUGCCCCACCACUAGUAGAUACUCUCUAUCAGCCCUGUUAACCUCUUUAUUCCUUUAAAACCUUUGGUGAUCUUGAAUUGUUUCAGCUUCUCCUAUACAGUGCAUGAAAGGAUGUACUAUCCGUUAUGUUAGAAGAUUGAACUGACUGUGUUUAGAAUACUUGGAGAUGUUUGGGCUAAUGCAGAGAGAUACUCUGGGACUUGGGAUCUUCCUAUGUGGAGAUGAAAGGUAUUCCCUGGCUGAGGGGUAAUCUCACUGUAUAAGACAGUUACCUCAGGCUGUGAAGCCUGGAGCUGGAGAAAUUCUCUCAUUAUAAGGGGCCAGCCAAGUAAUACAGAUGAGGGAUUUCUUCACUUGGGGGGCUGUGAAUAUUAGAAUUUCUCUUCCCUUGAGAACUGUAGAGACUCAGUCACUGAGAAUAUACAAGCUUGGCUGAUUGGUUGCCCAAUGCUAUUGGUCAGGUUUUGGAGACCUGGAAUCAGGGACAUAGGGUGGCUGGUGGAGGAAGGUGGGCUUGAUCCCCAGAAUCUGCAACAAUCAUAUUGAAUGUCAUAACAGGUUGGAAGAGCUGAAGGACCUACUCCUGCUUCUAUUCCUUGUGCUUCUUGCUGAAGCUCUUUAAGAAUGUGCAGUUGAGAUACCCACCUGCGUUUCUUUGUCUCUCUCUCUCUCUCUCUCUCUCUCUCUCUCUCUCUCUCUUCCAAUCAAA